UUCUGUUUGAAGUAAUGUGCCCGUAGUAGCAGAAAUCAAACGUUGGUCCCAGCACCGCCGUGUUGGCGGCCGGCCUCGACUUUUCCACGAACCCAAAUCUACCGCUUCCGCCCGCCGUGAUAUAUGUCGUGCACCGGUCGAAGCCUGAUCUGUCUUUCGCCUGCCCGUGACGAGGUAUUCCUUGGGGCAGGUGGCGGGACUUCGUCCGAACUCCGCCUCCCUCCCUGCCUCUCUCCCUUUGAGGGGGAGAAUCCUAUCGCCGACACAGGCAAUACUCUCGCCGGUUUCGAGGGGGGGCACAUAGCGUGAAAAGUCGGUUGCACUCCCCGAAACUAAGGACUGUUCAUGGAGGGUAGGAGGCUUUCUGGUACCUGGGGGCCCCCUUGUUGAGGACGCUGAUCUUAGAUUUCAUCAUGUGCGAUGCCAAUGUAUAAUAUGAGGGAGUGAUGCACCUCCCGCGUGUGCGCUGACCUCGACCGAUUUUUGAGCAGAAUUCCCGGGGAUCCACUGAUUGACUCCCGUCCUUGUUUCUUACGACGUCUUCUAUCAUAUCUCGUGGCACUGUGCGCGUGCCGUGAGGUUGACGAUGGUCGACGAUAGAGGCACCAGACUCCUCGCCGUAACAUGGUCUCUCUGUGUCGCUAGCGCUACGCUGCUUUCGUUGCGUAUCUAUUGUAAGCUAUGGCGUGGACGUGGUUUAUGGUGGGAUGACCAUCUCUUGAUUGCGUCAAUGGUGUCACUGGUGAUAUCCAUCUCGAUAAACUCCUACAUUGUCUCUCUCGGAUUUGGACGCCAUAUCGAUACGAUCAGUAGCGACAACCUCAAGCUCAUCAACCUCAACACGAUCCUCGUCGCCACGUUCGGAAUCAUCGCAACGACGACUAGCAAAAGCUCGUUCGCCCUGACGCUGUACCGCAUUGUCACGAACCAAUGGUUGAAAUACUUUCUCAUCUUCAUCAUCGUUUCCAUCAACAUCUCGAUGAACUUGGUAUGGAUCUUUGGAUUCGCCAAAUGCACACCGUUGCAACGAGUAUGGGACAGCAGCGUGCCGGGAAGUUGCUGGGACAAGAAGAAGCUUGUUAAAUUCCAGUUGUUUGCUGCUUAUUACUCCGCCAUUCUCGAUUUUGUCUUGGCGUUCCUCCCGUGGCCGAUCCUCAUGGGCGCAACGAUGCGGCGCCGCGAAAGGCUUGGUGUCGCCGUAGCAAUGAGCUUGGGUGCCAUUGCCGGAAUAUGUGGCAUCGUGAAAGCUGUCCUGGUGGUCAACAUGACCAGUCCAGACAUCACCUACGAGCGCGUCGACCUUACGAUCUGGACUUUGACCGAACCUGCCGCCUCAAUCAUGGCAGUGUCUAUCCCAGUCUUGAGAAUGCUAUACCGAGAGCUCAAGUCAACUCAACGAAGUUAUGCCCGAAACAAAUCACAAUCGCAUGCACUCGACACAGGAACGAGGAAGGAGGUCAGGUCAACGAAGAGAUAUGGCCCCGGGUCGCAAUACGGUCGGAACUCUGUCGUCGUCAUGUCCACCGGAGGAUGGCAAGAAUCUCAGGAAGCCCUUCAAGAGGCGGAAGGCGGCCAGGCAUCGCCGCUGCCGGGCAUGAACGGCAUCAUCAAGACCGAAGAAGUGAGAGUGCGGCAUGAAAGAUUAACAGGACUCAGCGAAGGCGAAAGCUCAAUUGAGCUCGACUCGCUCAAGGAGGGUCAUAGAUGAGAUCAUGAAACCGACAAUUGAUGGACACCCAGGCUGGCCUCGGACGAAGGUUUACACUAUUAAUAAUUAUGAGUUAGCGCCACUUGAUACCAGAUA